GGUAUGCUUUAAAUAAGUUUGGGGGACCUUAAGGGUGUGUCAGACCAAAAACCAAGGCACAGGAAUCUAUUAAAGACAUAGAGCUUAGCUGUCUGUUUCUGUGCCUUAAGGUAGAGGAGUGGCUUCUAAAUCAUUGGAAAUGGUGAGGCAGUGAGAUUGAGCCCUGCUUCUUUUGAACGCCUCAAAUUUGGUUUUGGAAGCAAUAGAAUAAAACCUUCCCCUCAAGGACAAAAUCCUAGAAUUUCAGACUCUAGUGUUAAUCAUAGAAGACAAGAGUAAUACUUACAAAAACACCCACAAACUAUUCAAGCAAAACAAACAAAACCAACCUAUAUGGCUCCAAGUAGUAGUAGUCGUAGUAGUAGUUGUUGUUGUUGUUUCUCCUCAUUCAUUGUUAAAUUUGUUGUUUCCUUCUUUGUCGUCGCUUCCAUUCUUAGCCCCGCUCUCUCACUACCGAGCAACCAAACAUUCGGAGCGCAAAAAGAACUGCAGAAAUUAAGGAGGAUCAGAGCUCAUCUUAAGAAAAUCAACAAACCAACCGUCAAGACAAUUAAGAGUCCUGAUGGUGAUUUGAUAGAAUGUGUUCCUUCCCAUCUUCAACCAGCUUUCGACCAUCCUCAACUGAAAGGACAAAAGCCACUGGAUCCACCAGAUAGGCCAAAGAGUUCUGAACCUGCUGAUGAAGUGAUACAGAGCCUUCAGCAAUGGGCACAAUCUGGAGAAUCAUGCCCAGAUGGAACUAUUCCUAUUAGAAGAACUACAGAAGAAGAUGUUUUGAGAGCCAGUAAAUUUGGAAGAUUUGGAAGGAAACCCAGAAGAAUUGUAAGACGAGACUCAGAUGGCAGUGGUCAUGAGCACGCGGUAGCAUUCGUUAAUGGGCAACAGUUUUAUGGUGCCAAAGCUAGCAUGAAUGUUUGGACACCUCAAGUUACUGAAGAAUAUGAAUUUAGCUUGUCACAAAUAUGGGUCAUCUCUGGUUCUUUUGGCCAUGAUCUUAAUACAAUUGAAGCAGGAUGGCAGAUUAAUCCAGCCUUAUAUGGAGACAAAUACCCUAGGUUCUUUACGUACUGGACGACGGAUGCAUACCAGGCCACUGGGUGCUACAACCUACUGUGUUCAGGGUUUGUUCAGACGAACUCCAAGAUCGCCAUUGGAGCAGCAAUCUCCCCUAGAUCAAGUUUCAGAGGCAGACAAUAUGACAUCAGUAUCACAGUUUGGAAGGAUCCGAAGCACGGACACUGGUGGCUUGAACUCGGAUCAGGGUUACUAGUAGGGUACUGGCCAGCAUUCUUGUUCAGUCACCUACGGAUGCAUGCAAACAUGAUUCAGUUUGGAGGAGAAAUUGUUAACAGCAGAUCCUCAGGAUUCCAUACAUCUACUCAAAUGGGGAGUGGUCAUUUCCCAGAUGAAGGGUUCAGCAAAGCAGCAUAUUUUCGUAAUAUACAAGCUGUUGAUUGGGAUAAUAACUUGAUUCCUUUGUCAAAUCUGCAGCUUCUGGCUGAUCAUCCUAAUUGCUACAAUAUAAGACAAGGAAGAAAUAAUGUUUGGGGUAAUUACUUUUAUUAUGGAGGACCUGGAAGAAAUGUAAGAUGUCCUUAAUAGAGAAAAAUUACAUUUGUUAUUUUGAUUUUGCUUGAUUUUUCAUUUUCCUAAUGCCUAUUUCACCAGGGCUAGGUUAUAAGUAAAUGAUUUUUUAGUAGUCUAUUAUAUUAAUUCUACAAAAACGAAUUAUUCAAUUUCAAGACUAGUGUAUAUCUAAAAAAAAAUACAAGUUGUUGAUAUAUUACAAGUUUUAUCGUCUGUGUUCAAA